AUGUCUCAGAUGCUGGCGAAUGAGUCUGAGAGUAUUCGCAAAGCUUCAGAGCUUGCGACUAAUGACCUCCAAUCUCUGGGUUUGGGUGGAUGGUCGCCCUCUGGCAUUUUGCAGCACUUACUCGACAGCGUCCAGUACUUUACGGACCUUCCAUGGUGGGCUACCAUUAUUAUUGUGACUUGUGGUAUUCGUCUGGCUCUGGCGCCUCUCCUGGUGAGUGUGCAAGGCAAUUCGAUUCGUUUGUCCAAUAUCCAGCCACAGAUGCAGAACUUGCUGGAGGAUAUUCAGUAUGCCAAGAAUGCAGGUGAUCAGCAGGGCAUGCAGGCGUCGGCCAUGCAGGUUCGAAAGCUGCUCAAAGACAACAACUGCUCGCCUUUCAAGUCGCUUCUCCUCCCUGUCGUUCAGAUGCCUGUUUUCCUGUCGUUUUAUUUCGCCCUUACAGGUUUGGCCAACGCACCUCUGCCGGCACUUGCCUCGGGUGGUGUUGCCUGGUUCCCUGAUCUGACGGCCGCGGAUCCCUACUAUGCUCUCCCUAUUAUUAGUUCGGCCAUGACACUGCUGGUACUGGAGACUGGUGCAGAGACGGGCACGACGGGUAUGAACCAAACGCCCCAAGCCCGCUUCGUGAAGAAUGGUCUUCGUGCCGUGACUGUGUUGGCGGCCUGGUUUAUUUCUAGCUUCCCGUCUGCCGUGCUUCUCUACUGGACUACCACCAAUACAUUCUCGCUCGUCCAGCUCUUAGCUCUGCGCACGCGCUUCAUGAAGCGCCUGCUGCGUCUACCGGAGAAAAUUGAGCAUCCCGUCAAGCCGCAUGUGAAGCAAAAAUCUUUCAUGGAUUCAGUGCGCUCUAGUGCCAACGCCAAUGCCCGUCCGCGCGCUAUGCCUGUCAGUGCCUUGCGCAAGAGCUCGUCUGAUACUCCGUCUUCUCUCGGUGGCGCGCGUGGGCGUGCGCUUGAUAACCUCAUGUCGGAUUCUGGUUCGGCAUCUAAGCCUGUUGCCAAUGCGACGCAGGAUGCCAUGAGCGCUGAAAAGCAGGCGCGCUUGGCGGCGGCGCGCGAGCGUCGCAUGCGUCACCGUAGUUGA